CUUUUCACAGUAACGCAUUACUUUUUGGUGUAAGUAACUGAGUUAGUAACUGAGUUACUUUUGAAAUGAAGUAACUAGUAACUGAAACUAGUUACUGCUUUUCAGUAACUAACCCAACACUGAUUACUGGUUUGCAAAAAAACAUUUUUAACCCAAAUAGGUGAAAUUAGAUCAUCUCCCACGGCACAGUGGUUGGCAAACACUGCUAUACAGUAUGCGCACCCCCCCCCCCAACCUCGCUCUGCACUCUACUACGAGUCGGGAGAGAGUGCGCAUGCGCACUGUCUCUGAGCAGCCGGUCAGGGAGGAGGAGAGAAAAAAAAAAAAAAAAAAAAAAAAGAGAGAAGCUGAAUGUGCCAACGGAUGCAAUCAAGAGCGACGUAAUUGUCCUCACAAUUAUCUUUUUACCCUUUUGUCGCUGUGCAUACAUGGUGGAAUUCCCAUGGGAUCAGAGCCGAUGGAGAUGCGAAAGAGGCAGAUGUCGGUGCAGCAGGAGUCGGCUGCGGGAGGAACCGCAGCAACCCAGCAGGGCCAGGCGGACCAGGCCAACCCGCGGGUGUCCAACGCUUGCUGCUUCUGCUGGUGCUGCUGCUGUAGCUGCUCCUGGAACGAGGACAGAGACGACAGGAACCGAAAGACAUCCUACGACGUCAAAGAAGGGACAGUAGACUGUGAAGACUGCCCCAAGCCCACGCUGGAGGAGGUGCACUCGUGGGCCCAGUCCUUCGACAAGCUGAUGUGCUGCCCUGCUGGGAGGAACUCCUUUCGCCAGUUCCUGCGCACCGAGUUCAGCGAGGAGAACAUGCUCUUCUGGCUGGCGUGCCAGGAGUUUGGCAAGGAGGGCAACAAAAGCGCUAUUGAGGAGAAGGCCCGGGUCAUCUACGAGGACUACAUCUCCAUCCUCUCCCCGAAAGAGGUGAGCCUGGACUCCCGCGUGCGCGAGUCCAUCAACCGGAGCAUACAGGAGCCCACCUCGCACACCUUCGACGACGCCCAGCUGCAGAUCUACACCCUCAUGCAAAGAGACUCGUACCCCCGCUACAUGAACUCUGCCGCCUACAAAAACCUGAUCAACGCUCUGUCCGAGCAGUCCCCCGAGUCUUAAGACCCACGUCCUCAACUCCUCUUUUUUUUUUUUUUUGCUUCCUAGUUUCUUUUUUUGUGUGUCCAGUGCGGGAUUGCACCAACCCCGGGAAUCUUAGCUAUCGUGAUCCGCACCUGACCGCCGACACUCAGGUCUCAGCAUCUUGCGAGGGCUCCACAUCACAAGUACUGCUACACGUACUACAUAGCAAAAUACUCCAAAAAUACUUUGGUUUGUUCUUGUUUCUUUUGAUAGAAAUAUUAUAUUUUAUUUCAGGGGGGGGUUUUUUGUAUGUUUUUUUGUACAUCAUUUUUGUUAAGGGGCGUGGUUAUAUAAUGUCUACUUUAUGAUGUAUAUAUAUAU